CCCUCAGUAACAGAGGCGGUGGCGACGGCUGCAGCCACUGGGUUUCCGCCUUUUCCCAGCGGCGGCUUUAAGAAGCGCAGCGGAAGUCGACCCAACACAGCCCAGUCACUUAAUCCGUACCCAGAACUGUAGCUUCCACCUGCACAUUUUAGCCAUCAUGGCAACUUCAUCUGAAGAAGUUUUGCUGAUUGUGAAGAAGGUGCGUCAAAAAAAGCAGGAUGGAGCUCUGUACCUCAUGGCAGAAAGAAUUGCUUGGGCACCUGAAGGCAAAGAUAGAUUUACAAUCAGCCAUUUGUAUGCGGAUAUUAAAUGCCAGAAAAUCAGUCCAGAAGGAAAAGCUAAAAUUCAACUUCAGCUGGUCCUGCAUGCAGGGGACACAACUAACUUCCACUUUUCCAAUGAAAGCACAGCAGUGAAAGAGCGAGAUGCAGUAAAGGACCUUCUUCAGCAGCUGCUGCCCAAAUUCAAGAGGAAAGCAAAUAAAGAACUAGAAGAGAAAAACAGAAUGCUGCAAGAAGAUCCUGUUUUGUUUCAGCUUUACAAAGACCUUGUUGUGAGUCAAGUGAUCAGUGCUGAGGAAUUCUGGGCCAAUCGUUUAAAUGUGAAUGGGGCAGAUAGUUCUUCCACAUCCAAUCAUAAGCAGGAUGUUGGCAUUUCUGCAGCAUUUCUGGCUGAUGUCCGGCCCCAAACUGAUGGCUGUAAUGGCCUGAGAUAUAAUUUAACCUCUGAUAUCAUUGAGUCCAUAUUUAGGACCUAUCCAGCAGUAAAAAUGAAAUAUGUAGAAAAUGUUCCCCACAACAUGACAGAAAAGGAAUUCUGGACACGUUUUUUCCAGUCCCAUUAUUUUCACAGGGACCGGCUGAAUACAGGGUCAAAGGAUCUCUUUGCAGAAUGUGCCAAAAUAGAUGAAAAAGGGUUAAAAACAAUGGUUUCAUUGGGAGUGAAAAACCCACUACUAGAUUUGACUGCUUUGGAAGAUAAACCAUUAGAUGAGGGCUAUGGCAUUUCCUCUGUGCCAUCUACUUCCAAUUCUAAAUCCAUAAAAGAGAAUAGUAAUGCUGCCAUCAUCAAGAGGUUUAACCAUCACAGCGCCAUGGUCCUGGCAGCAGGUCUCAGGAAACAAGAAGCACAAAAUGAACAAAAUGGUGAGCCCAGUGGCAUGGAUGGAGACGCAGGAGAUGCAGAUUGCUUUCAACCAGCAGUCAAAAGGGCGAAGUUACAAGAAUCCAUUGAAUAUGAAGACUUGGGGAAAAAUAAUUCUAUAAAAACGAUUGCACUAAACCUCAAGAAGUCAGAUAGGUAUUAUCAUGGUCCAACUCCAAUCCAGUCACUGCAGUAUGCAACGAGUCAGGACAUUAUUAAUUCUUUUCAAAGUAUUAGACAAGAAAUGGAAGCUUAUACACCCAAGUUAACUCAGGUUCUCUCAAGUAGUGCUGCCAGUAGUACUAUCACAGCGCUGUCACCUGGAGGAGCACUUAUGCAGGGAGGGACACAGCAAGCCAUAAACCGUAUGUGCUGGGCUGCCUUCUACUCUUAUGUAGUGAAAAUGAAAAGUAAUCUGGAACGAUUCCAAGUUACAAAGCUCUACCCAUUCCAAGAAAAAAUUCGGAGACAGUAUUUAAGCACAAAUUUGGUAAGUCACAUAGAAGAGAUGCUCCAGACAGCCUACAACAAGCUCCACACGUGGCAGUCACGUCGUCUGAUGAAGAAAACGUGAGGUAUCCAUGGUGCUCACAGGUUUUGUGAGAUCGGGAGAACUGUUACCUGCAGUGACUCUGGAAACCUGGCCUGUCAGACAUGCAGAUGACCACACAGGAGUGAUAAGAAACAUCUGCACCAUGCCAACUCCCAGAGCUGAUGCUGUUGUACUUGCACAUUGGGAACUGAAAGGAAGGAAGGGACUGUGGUUCAACUGAAUGCUGGGGAGGUAAAUUAAGGCAGAACCAAAUGAGCUAAGUUGCAAAUAUAUACAUACACACAUAUAUAUAUAUUUUAAAAGACUGUUUACUGCAGUUACUCAGGAACUGCUUUUGAUUCACAUUAAGCUGCUUUCAGAAAUUUGAAAAAAAAAAAAAACUUUUUUAAAGGGUGCAUUGAUAAAACCUGAGGUUUUUUCUGUGUAAAUUUUUUUCCUAAGUUUAUGGCACAGGGUAGACCUUAAGUAUUUCUCCUUCAUCUUUGAACCUCCACUUGGAUCCUCAAGUUUUACUGAAUUCUAGUUAUACAUAAAGUCAGCAAGUUAAAAAGCUUACUUUAAAUAAGGCAGAGGGAUACUGUUGCUCAACCAUCAGGAAACAGUUAUAGUCAGAAGACAUCAUUGGUCCUGUGUUUCCUAAGGAAAUAAGAAACUAAAUAUUGCACUGAAUGUUUGUGGUAUGGAGUCCCUAAAUAAUAAAGAGGGAACAUAUUUGCAGAAAGUUGUGUGGGGUUUUUUACGCAGAAUUUUGUCAGAAGACAAUGGCACUGCAUGUUUUUCUUUGAGUGCAAAUGUACAUUGCUAAGAUUUUUUUUAAAGAUGGCAUGUGCUUUGAAAAGAGGAAGUUGCAUUUUUAAGAGUUUAAAAAUCUUAUCAGUGAGAAAUAUAAGAAAUCUUACUUAUUUUCACCUCUUUAGAAGAAAUAAAAGAUGUUUCUCAUAUCUCUUUUUCUCUAGUAUCUGUUACUGUCCUUGGCGAAUUGAUAAUCAUUGCAUAGUGACUGAAAAGCCUAAAUGCAAAAAAAAAAAAAGAAAAAAUGUUGUUUCUGGAAUUUGUGCCAUAAUUUGUUCCUAAUAGGAUCAACUCACUGUUUAUCUAAGACUUAGAUGUCUUGUAUUAAAAAUUACACAAACAAGUAAAACUUUUUAUAAAUACUCUUUCAACCGUAA